AUGAACUGGGCAUUUCUGCAGGGCAUCCUGAGCGGUGUGAACAAGUACUCCACGGCGCUGGGGCGCAUCUGGCUGUCAGUGGUCUUCAUCUUCCGCGUGUUGGUGUAUGUGGUGGCCGCCGAGGACGUGUGGGAUGAUGAGCAGAAGGACUUUAUCUGCAACACCAAGCAGCCGGGCUGCCCCAAUGUGUGCUACGAUGAAUUCUUCCCCGUGUCCCACGUGCGCCUCUGGGCCCUGCAGCUCAUCCUGGUCACAUGCCCCUCACUGCUCGUGGUCAUGCAUGUGGCCUACCGUGAAGACCGGGAGCGGAAACACCGUAAAAAACAUGGACCCAAUGCCCCGUCAUUGUACGACAACCUAGGCAAGAAGCGGGGUGGGCUGUGGUGGACAUACUUGCUGAGUCUCAUCUUCAAGGCUGCAGUGGACUCGGGCUUCCUCUACAUCUUCCACCGCCUCUACCGUGAUUAUGACAUGCCACGCGUGGUGGCCUGCUCUGUGGAUCCCUGUCCCCACACUGUGGACUGCUACAUCUCCAGGCCCACAGAGAAGAAGGUCUUCACCUACUUCAUGGUGGCUACAGCGGUCCUCUGCAUCCUGCUUAACCUCAGUGAGGUCACCUACCUGGUGGGCAAGAGAUGCUUGGAGAUAGUAGGUCCCCGGUGCCAAAAGUCUCAGAGGGGACGCCAUCUAUCCAAUACCUGCCCGCCUUAUGUGCUUUCCCAGGGAGGCCAUCCCCAAGAAGGGAACUCUGUCCUAAUAAAGGCGGGGUCAGCCACAAUGGAUGCAGGUGGGUAUCCUUAA